CUGUGACGUCAUAGUCAUGAGACGACGGCCAUUUUCCUUUGCUUACAGUGUUUAUAUCCAAUCGUUGUUCGGCAUUCUAGAAGUUGAUGCUUGGGUCAGGGGUCAGAGGUCGUGCCCUGCAGGGGGCGUGGCAAGUUAUUCAGAACCACCUGCGACAGAUACAGACGAGUGGUGUACAAGCAGCAGCGGCUGCCGACGUCAAGCCAUUCUUCUACCAGGAUAUCUUUGAACAUGAGAAGAAAGCAGAAGUCCCAUGGAAAAGGUUGUCAGGCGACUAUGUAUCGACGUUUGAUGUGAAGGGAAGGAAGGUUCUUCACAUACAACCUGAAGCCUUGACCUUGCUGGCAGAGAAUGCCAUGAUUGACAUUUCUCAUCUCCUUCGACCCGGACAUCUCCAGCAACUGUCAAAUAUCCUUAAAGAUCCUGACGCCUCCAGUAACGACAAGUUUGUGGCUCUGGAACUGUUGAAGAAUGCAAAUGUUGCAGCUGGGAUGGUACUGCCUGGUUGCCAAGAUACAGGAACAGCUAUCUGCAUUGGUAAGAAAGGUCAGUAUGUGUGGACAGAGGGGAGGGAUGAGGAUGCUCUUUCAAGAGGGGUAUACAACACUUACACCAAGAGGAACCUCAGGUAUUCCCAGAUGGCGCCACUGGACAUGUUUAAAGAGGUCAACACGAAGACAAACCUUCCUGCCCAGAUCGAGCUGUACGCCACAGAUUCCUCUCAGUAUGACUUCCUGUUUAUGGCCAAGGGAGGUGGCUCGGCCAACAAGACAUUCCUCUAUCAACAAACAAAGGCGUUGCUGAAUCCUGAAAGACUUAUGAAGUUUGUAGAUGAAAAAAUUAAGACAUUAGGUACAGCUGCCUGCCCUCCCUAUCAUCUGGCCAUCGUGAUUGGAGGAACGUCAGCAGAACUCACAUUGAAGACCGUCAAACUGGCCUCCACACGAUACCUGGAUACUCUCCCCUUGUCAGGCAAUGACCAUGGCAGAGCUUUUCGUGACCUUGAACUGGAGCAGCAAAUCCACAAACUGACUCAGAAAAUGGGGAUUGGUGCUCAGUUUGGCGGCAAAUAUUUCUGUCAUGAUGUGCGAGUCAUCCGCCUACCGAGACAUGGAGCUUCCUGCCCUGUGGGUAUAGGGGUGUCGUGUUCAGCAGACAGACAGGCACUUGGCAAAAUAACAGAAGAGGGCGUGUUUCUUGAACAGCUGGAGACUGAUCCCAUCAAGUAUCUUCCUGAGGUGGAGGCAGAGGACCUGGGAGGAGAGGUUGUGCAGGUUGAUCUGAACCGACCAAUGAGCGAGGUGCUGCAACAACUUAACGAGUAUCCAAUCAAAACUCGUCUGACGCUAACAGGGACGCUGGUGGUUGCGAGGGACAUCGCCCAUGCCAAGCUGCAGGAGAGGUUAGACAAAGGGGAAGGGAUGCCCCAGUAUAUGAAGGACCACCCAUUGUACUAUGCUGGGCCUGCCAAAACACCUGAGGGGUAUGCAAGUGGAUCAUUUGGCCCCACAUCAGCGGGCAGGAUGGACUCCUAUGCAAACUCGUUCCUUGCAGCAGGGGGAAGCAAGGUCAUGUUGGCCAAGGGCAACCGCAGUCGCCUGGUAACGAAAGCAUGCAAGACCCACGGAGGGUUCUACCUGGCAUCCGUCGGGGGCCCAGCAGCCAUUCUGGCCCAGAACUACAUAAAAAAUGUCGAAGUCCUUGAAUAUCCUGAACUUGGUAUGGAGGCAAUAUGGCGAGUGGAGGUAGAGAAUUUCCCAGCAUUCAUUGUGGUGGACAAUAAAGGAAAUGACUUUUUCCAGGAAUGGCAGCUGGAGUAAUGUGACUGGUGUAACCUAGGGCAAGAGGAUUCUUGAUGGAUGCUUUGUGGUGGAGACACACUUGUUGGAGAUGGAUGGUUCAUUAAUUCAUGCUUCAUAUGAAAUGAUACUGAGAAAUACUUGUGAAGCGGGAAGCUGAGUGUUUUGUAAGGGAUACUUUUAAAAUUACUUAACGCAGAAUGAUGUUUCAUGCAUACUCUAUGAAUUACUUAAUUCGUGAAGAUACUGAUUAAAUAUUUAGAUGAUUCUUCAUGAAUAUCUUGACAUGGAUUCCCUUGAAAGAUUUUACGGAUUCUUGUGAAUACUGCAUAAAGAUUUCAUAAAUACAGCAUAAGAAUUCUUCCCAAGUACUUCAAUAAGAAAUCUUUGUAAAUAUUUCAAUCAGGAUUCUUCAUGAACACUUCAAGGAAUACUUCCACACAGAUUCUUUAUUUUUCGAUAUUUUGUAAGGAGUCACAUUUCAAAAGGAUUCCUUAUAAUACUUCAAGAAUAAAUAAUGAGUGAGUUCAGUUUUACGACUCGCUCAGCAAUAUUCCAGCUAUAUGGCAGCGGUCUGUAAAUAAUUGAGUCUGGACCAGACAAUCAAGUGAUCAACAGCAUGAGCACAGAUCCACCCAAUUGGGUGAGUGAGUGAGUUUAGUUUUACGCGCACUCAGCAAUAUUCCAGCUAUAUGGCGGUGGUAUUACGCAAUUGAGGGCCGAUGACAUGUAUUCACUGACUGACUGACUGAGUUUGGUUUUACGCCGCUUUAAGCAAUAUUCCAGCAACAUCACGGCGGGGGACACCAGAAAUGGGCUUCACACAUUGUGCCCAUGUGGGGAUUCGAACCCGGGUCUUCGGCGUGACGAGCUAACGCUUUAACCAUUAGGCUACCCCACCGCCCCGACAUGUAUUCAAGAAUAAAUACUUUAUGAUGAUUUUUAAUAAGUACCUAUGCCCAAACUGAACAGGGUUUGUGAUACUGUUGACAUGUUUGAGUGUGAAUGAUCAGUGAUUGUACUUUAAAGAAUUAAACAUAUAUAUUGUUGUUCAAA